CCAUAGAAGUAAUGGAUGUAUCAAACACCAGUUGUACUAAAACUGUUCCGGUCAACAAACGCUACAUAAAUCACUUCAAUGUAAAAAGAAAAUGCAGAUGUUUUCUUUGUUACAACUGUAAUUAUAUUCAUGUAUUUCAGUUGUGUCACAGCCCCCACCUCCUGAUAUCCCAACAGCAGAGCAACCUGUACUUCUCGACUCUUCUAUACCAAAGACAACACCUUCAAACGUUCCACUGGGAAGUUCCGGAAAUGACGUCACAAAGUUACCACUGUGUUCAGAUAUGAUAUGCACACUUGAAUUUAUACCAGACCACUGCAGAGUUGCUCAAGUUCUUGAGCGAAAUGGAAAGAAAUGUACCAGUUGUUGGAAGUGGAAAGAUUCUUGUAGAGAUCAGUCAAACAAAAUCAAGGAUGUUUUACCUCCGGAGAGUAACUGCCCAAAUCUAACAUGUACUGGAAACAUUCCACAGACAUGUGCUCAAAUAGAAACAUACGAAUAUAUGGGAAAGAUUUGUGAAAAGUGUCCAGUACAUAGGACCGGGUGUGUGCCUGAUUUGAUGCCUUCUCAAGGAGAUACCCAAUGUCCUGUAAAACCUUGUACUCUUCAGUUAAUUCCCGAUGAAUGUCGGGAAAUUCCAACAUUCCAGCAUGAAGGACUCACCUGUAAAGGUUGUCCCCGUUGGCGACAAGGCUGCAAAAUAACUCCGUCUGAUAAGGGUUCUCUAAAAGAUUCUCUUGUACCUAUAGUUUCUUGUCCAUUGUUGGUCUGCGACUCUUACGUUCCAAAAGAUUGCCAGGUAAAGAGGGAGUUUCAACAUCGGGGUCGAACGUGCACACAUUGUCCAAGCUGGAAAGAGGGCUGCCGGGAACAGGAAAGACUAAAUGUCUUGAAUUUUGCGGGAGGUAACCGUUUUGGAGGAACAGAGGUACCUUGUCCAAAAUUUCCGUGCAUAGAUUACAAUAUUCCAGCUGAAUGUAAAAUUGAUCAGCCAUUUGAAUUCAGAGGAAGAACUUGUUACAAAUGUCCGGUGCGAAGUCCCGCAUGUGCUACUAGUUUUCCGGGUAGAAAUACUCCAAAACUGCCAACGUGUCCACUUAUGAAAUGUGAAAGGCGUGCUGAUAUUCCAUCGAGUUGUUACCAGCGGGAAUUUUUCAAUUUUAGGGGAAAUGUAUGCGAGAAGUGUCCUUCUGUAAUACCAGAAUGUUUGUUGGUUCCACCGAGACCCAAUAUUCAGAUUACUCCCGAAAUCAUAGGCAGAGUAGAAACCCCAGAAAAAUCAUGCCCUCUGUUAAAAUGUGAAAUGAUGACCAUUCCACAAGAAUGCAUAGAAACUCCAGUGUAUCCACACGAGGGUAAAAUGUGUCAAGGCUGCCCAAGACCACGAGAAGGAUGUAUGCCAUCGCCUUCCGGUCAAUUUGUGUCAAAUUCUAAUAGAGAGUUUCCCAUAAUUCCAGCAAGGAAGCCAGAUACAAAUUGUCCUAUAAAAGCUUGUCCAAUGAUAUACAUUCCUCCAGAGUGCAAGGAAGACCAACCUUAUCAGUACCAAGGAAAGACCUGUUAUGAUUGUCCAAAGCAAAAGAAGAGCUGUAUAACUAUCAAUUCGCAGUCAUCACAACAGCCAGGAAACCUGCAACAAAUGUCAUGUCCAAUGUUUGGUUGUCCCUAUAUAUUAAUUCCUCCAGAAUGUCGGGUAGAGCGACCUUUCCAGUACCAAGGUAAGACAUGUUACAUGUGCCCACAGUGGCGUGAAGGCUGUGUUCCCCUUCCACCAAAGCCAAAUAUAAACUAUCCAACUGCUGGACCGCUUACAACAACAGAAAAGACUGUGCUAGAACCAUCAGGACAGAACAAACCCGAAACAUCAUGCCCACUUGUGCCAUGUACAAAAAUAUUAAUACCUCCUGAAUGUAGAGAAGAACAGCCAUAUGACUACAAUGGCAAAGUUUGCUAUAAAUGUCCAAAAUGGAAAGACGGGUGUCUCGGAAGAGGUAACCAGGCUGAAUCUACAACAAUUCCAAACACUUCAAUAGACACUACAAAACUUUUGAAACCAAACAAUUCGCCUUCAAUUAGAGACUUAAAAGAGAUCAUUCCUGUGAGUGAUAUUAUCAACACAGUGAAUGCAGCUAACUGUCCUCCAUUACGGUGUCCAGCCAUGUUCAUACCAAUAACUUGCAGACAGGAGUCGAUGUAUCAGUAUCAGGGUCGCACGUGCCAAGGGUGUCCAACAUGGCGGCUGGGCUGCAAUCCUAUGUCUGGCACACCGAUGAACAUGAACGCAAAUGGAAUAUUGUCGUUUAACCUGUUCAACGAGUUGUUCGCUUUCAACAGAAGAUAGCCGUGGUCAGCAUGCUGUGUUUUAUAAAGUACUGGACAAGAAAUCCACGUUUAUGAGAUUAUUUUGAUAUUAUAAUAAUUUGUACAAAAUAAAUAUUUA